AUGUGUGUAUUCCUCUAUUCAUGGAACACGAUAAGAAGAAACGUUUUCACAGCUAAGAAGGGAGAGAACUAUGAACUGCGCGCAGAUUUGAAUAGCGAGUACCGCGACAAGAGGAAGGAUGCCAUCAAGAGAGUUAUUGCCAAUAUGACGGUUGGCAAGGACGUUUCUGGUCUGUUCCCGGAUGUACUCAAGAAUAUGCAGACAGAGGACUUGGAGCAGAAAAAGUUGGUCUACCUUUAUCUAAUGAACUACGCGAAAACUCAACCAGAACUCGUUAUUCUCGCUGUGAAUACCUUCGUUAAGGACGCUUCAGAUCCAAACCCGCUAGUUCGUGCACUCUCAAUUAGAACUAUGGGUUGCCUUCGAGCUGAGAAGAUCAUCGACUACCUAUCUGAUCCACUUUCUGCUGGCCUCCAAGAUGACAAUCCCUACGUACGCAAGACAGCUGCUUUGUGUGUUGCAAAAAUGUACGAUCUGAAACCUUCCUUGGCAAUUGACAGAGGUUUCGUUGAUACACUCCAGGAGCUUGUCGGCGAUCCGAACCCAACUGUUGUUGCAAAUGCUGUUACAGCUUUGACUGACAUUCACAGUUCUCCUCAUCCCGAAUCGCCUGGCUUUGUCAUUGACAGAGACGUGCUAAACAAAAUACUGGUUGCCCUCAAUGAGUGUACAGAAUGGGGAAGAAUUUCAAUUCUAAGCGCUUUGUGUCGCUAUACACCUGCUGAGGAGAAAGAAACAGAAUAUAUUUGCGAGCGCGUUCUGCCACAAUUUCAGCAUGCUAACGGGAGCGUCGUAUUAAGUGCUGUCAAAGUUGUGAUGAUAAAUCUGCAUCGUUUACAAAGAGAAGACUUUAUCAGACAGCUUGUUCGAAAGAUGGCGCCUCCUUUGGUCACGCUCGUAGCUUCUGAACCUGAAGUUCAAUGGGUUGCUCUUCGUAAUAUCAAUCUUAUCUUGCAGGCGCGUCCUGAUGUUUUAUCAUCAGAACUGCGCGUCUUUUUCUGCAAAUACUCAGACGCUCAGUAUAACAAAGUUGAAAAGCUUGACAUUUUGGUAAAGUUGGCAAAUGAGAAUAACGUGGAAACAUUGUUGAACGAGCUGAGAGAGUACGCUAGCGAGGUUGACGUUGAUUUUGUCCGCAAAUCAAUCCGAGCAAUCGGAAGAUGCGCAAUCAAGAUUGAAGAUGCUGCCGAGCGUUGUGUUCAGGUGCUUGUUGACCUUAUUAACACAAAAGUUUCUUAUGUCGUACAAGAGGCAGUUAUAGUAAUAAAGGAUAUAUUCCGCAAAUACCCGAAUUCAUAUGAAGAUAUUAUUCCAACGUUGUGCGAAAACUUUGAGGAGCUUGAUGAACCUGAGUCAAAGGCAUCUCUUAUUUGGAUACUUGGAGAGAAUGCAGAAAAGAUUGAUAAUGUCGAAGAAUUAUUGCAGAGCUACUUAGAUAGUUUCAUCGAGGAUGCAUAUCCUGUUCAACUCCAGACUUUGAGUGCAAUAGUUAAGCUUUUCCUCAAGAAACCGGAAGGCCCUGCUCAAACAUUAGUUCAAAAGGUGCUAACAACUGCGACAAGUGAUUGUGACAACUCGGACGUGCGUGAUCGCGCUUUUAUCUACUGGAGACUGCUUUCCACAGAUACUGGAGCUGCAAGGUCGAUCACUGUCGCCGACAGACCACCUAUCGUGAUUCCAAAUCUUACAGUCUCACGGGCAAUACUGGAAGAGCUAAUACAAGAAAUCUCUUCAAUUGCCGCUGCAUACCACAAACCCUCUUCGACAUUUAUUGGAAAGGGUCGUCUUGGAGUUGACGCCCUCAAAAAGGUCAACUUACAUGAGGGGAACGAGAACGAGAGUCUGUCAAAGCAGAGAGCACUCAACACAGUGGCUCAGGGUGUUAAAGCAGAAAACCUUCUUGAUCUCGAUGAAGAUGCAUCGCCGUCAAUGUCACCUAGCACCCAAGAAGGUUUUAACAGCUUCACAGCCAACUCUACAGCUCAAAAGCACGCACAUGUGCCAAGUCCUUCGCAAUCCAACCCUGUCGACGAUCUUCUAGGUCUGUUCGGAAAUGCAACUGUUUCGAACCCCGACCCGUCCAUGAAUGUAGAAAACGACAUUUUUAGUACAAACACGACUCCGACAACCCAAGAAAAUAAGAAAAAUGGAGGCCUAGAAGACCUACUUUUUUAA